UAAAUUAUUUCUAGCUAUAAUAGAAUGUGUCAUAUAUAUAGUCUCGAGUAUUCUCCAUGCUUGAAUCAGCUGUGAAAACAGCCAUUUUGCAGUCAUCAGCUGUCAUAUACGUUAUCACACUGCGGAAGUAUUUAUUACGUGCGAAUCGGUACGACAAUUCGUGACCAUUCGUGACAAUCUUAAGUUUUCAAAAUAAUAAUUUAGUUAACGUGAUAUUUGAACAUAAAAAAGAACUAUAAAUUAAGCACGUAAUCCACAUAUGUGACAUGAUGGCUACAUAUAAUAAUAUUAUAUUUCAUCGUAGAUCAUCAUAUUUUCGCUUGUUUUAGGAUUUAUAGGAUAAUAACAACCUAAAAUAAGUGAAUAUGGAUGAUGAAACAUUGAACAGACUUGCAGUUGAAGCUUUACUGGAAGAAGCUAAGCUUGGUGCACAAAGGGCUGAAAUAAUGGGACCUAGUGGAUGGGUAAAACCUAAAGAAACUGUUAACAAAAGAUUUCUCCAUUCAACAUUACGAAAUGCAGUAAUAUCAAACAAGCAUCGUUCACUGAAACAAGAAAAAGUGAAAGUUCAAUCACAUAAAGCAGAUACCAUUAAAAAAUCAUAAACUGCUAUGUAUAUAUAGUAUUAUUCUUGUACACUUGUGUUAAUAUAUAUAUAUUCUCGUUAUACCAUUUUCAAAGCAUAUAUUUACCAUAUUUUAUAGGUAUAUAAACAUAUAUUUAAAUACUGCUGCUAAAUAAUUGUUUCGUAUUUAUUUCUUUUAUUAUAGAGUACACUCGUGUUACAUCUUUUUCUAUAAAAUAAAAAAAAAUUUCUUUGUAAACAUACCAAUAAGGGUAUAAAAAGAAUUACAGAUCACAAUUAUCAAUAUUGUACAAAAAUAUUUCGAAUGUUUCGCAAAUAUCUACAUUCGUUUUCGUGUGCCAAUAUUUAAUAAUUUGUUCUUUGAUAAACAUAUUUUAUAUCUUUUAGUUACUUUUUAUAAAUUCUUAAUUGUAAUUUUCAUAGAAAUCACUUUUAUUUACAAUAUCAGUAUUAAAAUCACUCUGAUAAAUGUAACACAUAAAAUUCUAUUAUACAGUGUUUCAUAUCUCUCUAAUUUUUAGAGAGACAUCAUCAAAACUUUCAUUAAAUAUACAAAUAUGAAAUAAAGUGUACAAAUAUGUAUAUCUUUUCAUCUUGUAUAUUUCCUACUACCUCUUUGCAUAUUUAGCUUAAAGAUCAAUAAAAAUUAAUUGUGUAACACCACCAAGUAAUAACAAGUUUUAUAAAAGCACCAAUAUCUUUAAACUUAUAUAGCUUUAACAAAUAUAUAUAGAGUGUAGAAAAUAUAAUCGUACACUUUUUUUCUAAGUAUAAAAUUACUUACUAAUUAGUAAUUACUUACAAGUAAAACAUUUUGCAUUGAUAAGUUGCACAUAUUGAUAUAUGGCAUCAUUUAAACAUUUACAAAAUCAAAGUAAUCACAUGUUAUUUAUACAUCUGUAUUUCACAUCAGGUGUUAAACUGACAAGACUGAUAAAUCGAGAUGUCUUUCCAUAUUAAUAUGCAGCUAAUAUUUUUCUACUAUUUGCAUAUAUUUAUGAUGAGAAAAAUGUUUCCUUCUCUUAUAUGUAAAUUGCAUUGCGUUUACGUCCUUAAUUGAUGCUAAAUUAUGAUGGGAUAUUGUGUGUGUGUGUGUGUGUAUACAUACUAUAUAUAUACACAUAUACACAUACAUAACAUUUUUAAAUUGUAUUUACAUUCUCACAAUCGAUACGCAUGUUAUAAAUGUUCCCAAUUCAGUUAUUAAUUAUUAUUUAUUAAUUAUUAAUAUUUAUAAUAAUAAGUUCGAUAAUAUACUAAUUUAUAUAACAUGUGUGAACAUUUUCAAGUUUCAAUAUAUAUACGAUUUCCAAAUAUUGGUUCUUAUGUUUCUGUAGUUAUUUAAUAUCAAAAUGCUUCUUAAGUUUGCAAUAUCAUACAACAAAAAAUGAAGAUUUCAUACUUGUACUUUUGCACAUUUCUAUGCAACAUUAUUAACAAAUCAUGAGUAAAUUAUCAAUUUAUAAAUGAUUGUUUAAUAACAGAAAUACUAUUUGAUGAUAUAUGACAAACAUAAAAAUAAUUCCAUAAAAAUCUACUUCUAUGCAAUUGUAUAUACUGCAUCUUGAAUUUUGGGCCCAUCAUUUUUUUAUAAUCAAUAACAUAUCUAUCAACAGGGUGUCUACUCAAAUCUUGUAAAAAGAUUUUUUGAUCUUCCAGUUAUUUUUGUUUAAAAUUCUAGGUAAAGAGAAUAUUUUAAAAAUUUCUUGGUGCAAAAUAAAUGGUUUUCUAAAAUAAAUUUUUUUAUUGUACGCAUUUUCUAAUGCUUUUCAUUCAUACGAAGGAAAAACACAAAGCCACUUGAGUUUCAAGUGUUAGAUUUACAAAUGUACUGAAAAAAAAAAAAAAAA